AAAUUACGCGAUACGAAAGAACGUCUGGCCUCGUUCAAUCGUCAAAUCACAGAUUUGGAAAAUUCCCGCGCUCGUUUGGAAGCCGAACGGGACAAUCUGGAUGCGUCCCUAAAAGACACAGAAGACGCAUUACAUGAAGUCGAGACCAAAUACCAAACCGUCCAUUCGGCUCUGGCAAAUUUGCGUACUGAAUUUGAACGAAGUGUACAGGACAAAGAGGAGGAAAUGGAAUCACUUCGUCGAUCGAGUCAACGAAACAUUGAAAAUCUCAAAGCAGCCAUGGAAGGUACCGAGACCAAAUACCAAGGGGAACUGGAACGACUACGGAAAAAAAUGGAGACUGCCGUGGCCAGUCUGGAAGAACAGGUGGAAAGUGAGAAAAAAUCACGAUCCGAGGCGGAACAAGCUGCACACGAAGCGGAGGAACAUGCGAAUCGUUUGGAAUAUGAGCUUGAAGAGGCGCACAAUUUGCUCAAUGAAACGUCGACCACAUUGCAGAUUUGCGAAAACCGCCGAAACGCAUUGAACGAUGAGGUGGAGACACUACGCAGUCAACUGGAAGUGACCGAACGGCUUAAACGUAAAACGGAAGAAGAUGCCGCGGAAACCGUUAAUCGAAUAGGGGAGCUGACCAAUCAGAUCAACAACCUGACCGCAGAGCGACGCAAACUAGAAGGUCAAGUCACAGUCCUACAAGGUGAUUUGGAUGAUGCGACCGGAGCGAAAGAAGUAAGCUAA